AUGAUGAACACAAUCCCCCCAAGCCAGCAGCUGCUUGCAUUUGAGCUUCCUCGAGACCAAGUCGAUGGAUUUAUCCUGCCAACUCAGGCACUAUUCCCUGAAUACAAAUCGCCAGCCAGUUGUCCUAUUCGAACCGGGGCGCAAUUAAGUCUCUUUGAAGACGUCUCUGUUGCCUAUGAACCGUCAACUUGGUGGUUGGAUGGAAAUUGCCCCGAACACCCCUAUUUCGAGAACGAUGGUAGGAUCAAUUUCUGUGUGAAGGCUGUAAAGCAGCCGCUCCUCGGUUAUAUCCUCGAGGGAUGCAAACUCCUCCUUACGAGAACCGGAAACAGCGAAUUCAUUCCGUCUAUAACUAAACACGAGACCCUCUGGAAAGCAGCUGUUUCGAUAAUUCAAUUGAACCCGAGCCUCUUCGACAAGAUCAGCACCUUUCUCUCGAUGGACGGAAAUGCUAUCCGUGCUAUAAACUAUGCUGUUCACCGGCUUAUUAAUAGCGGUACCCUCACGGUCGAUUAUCAGACAUAUCUCAUCCCUCCGAAGGCCAUAUCAAGCAUCGGCAGGAACCACGUUGCGGUUCGGCAAACUGACUUUAAAGGAGACAGUUGCGAUCUAUUGGAACAGUCGUCCGCCAUAUGGGAUCUUCACGAUUUCGCCCAUCUCAGCGCCGCAUCCCUGAGCCCUGAGCUAUUCGGCUCCAAGUAUUUCUCGCAUCUAACGAAUCUCCCACGAAACCUUACUGCACUGAUCCGGAGUCCCAAAAUGAAGACAUCAGACCCUACACCACGGUCCUCAGAUGGGGUGAUCUUUGGCGAGCUUCUUACGCCGCUGUUCACGACGGAAAUGGAAGCAGUCCAGCGAGGAACCAAGGCCCAUACGUACUCGUCUCUCACCGACGCACUGGCAGAGCGUAUCGCAGACUACCUGAUGGGUAGAUGUGAGCUUCGACAUCUUACCAGCGGCCAAAUGUUAAGAAUGAAGCUACCAAUUACAGCUAUGCAGCUAGCAGUUCUACUGCAGAAUAAAUUCUACGAACUGACAGCCAGCGAAAUUGAACAACGAGUUUUUACAAGAGGAGGCCCGGUUGGAGAUUCGAAGGAUGAGUUGGAUGGUUUGACCAUGCGUGAGAGGAUAGAAGCUCUUGCUAAGUGCAGGAGAUGGCUAUACUUUGAAGUACGGAACACAAUCAAGCACCGUGCCCACAAGCUGGCGUAUGAAAAAGUGGCGGAGAGAAUGCUGGCAGAUUGCAUUCAAGAAUCGGUAUUAGAUGAUAAUUUGUUGGAACUCAUUCUCAAGGCCAUCUACUAUGUGGGCUGGGAGCAGGGUAAAGCCCCUAACCUCUGGCAGAGAAUUGCAGAUAUAGAAUCAGAGCGUGCCAACAUGAUCGCUUAG